AUGGGCUCAGGUCUAGUCCAUCGCUCAAACCAACCUGACAGCUGAGCGCCCCCAUCUCCUGCGACCCGUUCACUCAGCCAUCCGGGACGCCCUUUUGGGCAUCCCGGGCUCCAGCAGGAGGCUUUCGCUGGGGGCCUGGUGCAGCUGUGGUUUUGGAGGAGGGACUGUGGCGCCAGCAGCAGCAGCGGGGGAGGAGGAGCCGGAGCGGGAGCCGUCCCGGCGGAGCUGCUGCCGCGGGCCGGGAGAGGGUUGUCGCCUCCCCGUCCCCGCAGGGAGCGGUUCCCUCGCUCUGGUCCCUGCUGUUCCCCAGGUUUGCAGCAAUGGUAAAGGAAGAUGUAGACAACAGUGAAGAUUCUGAGCCAUCAGUAAAUGAGAGGAAUGGCAUGAUUCCUAUGCACGAGCAAAGCGAGCAGGGACCAACAGCAGAUGCCAAAGGUACCGAUGGGAAUACACAAACAGAAGAAACUGCUCUCUUGAACCACUGUGCUCAGCAACCUCCAGAGCCAACAGCAGGGUCUUCAAUACCUGGGAGAACAUGGAGGCAAAUAUUUGCUUGUCCUCCUCAGGGUUUACUGGCCCAAACAGUGACAAAUGUUGCAGUCGUGGUCCUGGUUUGGGCUGUGGUUUGGUCCAUAACUGGGGCUGAGUGUCUCCCAGGUGGAAAUCUGUUUGGAAUUCUGUUUCUUUAUUUUUUUGCUGUCAUUGGAGGUAAAACAUUUGGACUCAUCAAAAUACGAACGCUACCCCCUCUCCCUGCUCUUCUGGGGAUGCUGCUUGCUGGUUUCCUAAUCCGAAAUACUCCGUUCAUUAGCGACUUUGUCCAGAUAAACGUACGCUGGUCUGCAGCACUGAGGAAUAUUGCUCUUUCAAUUAUCUUGACACGAGCAGGACUCGGCCUGGAUCCAAAGGCUCUUAAGAAGCUCAAAGCAGUCUGUUUACGGCUUGCUUUUGGACCGUGCCUCUCAGAAACAUGCAUAGCUGCUGUUCUUGCCUACUUCCUCCUGCAUUUGCCGUGGCAGUGGGGAUUUAUAUUAGGUUUUGUUAUAGGUGCAGUCUCCCCUGCUGUGGUGGUUCCCUCAAUGCUGAUUUUACAAGCUGGGGGAUAUGGGGUGGAGAAAGGUGUCCCAACUUUGCUAAUGGCAGCUGGCAGCAUUGAUGACAUUCUGGCUAUCACAGGCUUCAACACUUGCCUUGGGAUGGCUUUCUCCUCCGGUUCUACUCUGUACAACGUGCUCCGCGGAGUGCUGGAGGUUGCUGUUGGCGUAGCAACUGGGGGGAUUCUGGGAAUGUUUAUUCGGUAUUUCCCAAGCCGUGAUCAGGCAUCUCUGGCAUGGAAGAGAUCAUAUUUUGCACUUGGAUUGUCCAUGUUUUCUGUUUUUGGCAGCAUCUACUUUGGCUUCCCUGGAUCAGGAGGACUCUGCACAUUAGUCUUAGCCUUUAUCGCAGGUGUGGGAUGGGCUGAUGAAAAGAGGGACGUAGAAAAAAUUGUGGCAGUUGCAUGGAAUAUCUUCCAACCUUUUCUCUUUGGUUUAAUUGGAGCAGAAGUAUCUGUUACAUCCCUUAGGCCUGAAACAGUUGGGCUCUGUGUUGCUAUAUUAGGCAUUGCCCUAGUUGUGCGAAUCAUAACAACGUUCCUCAUGGUGUCUUUUGCUGGGUUUAAUUUCAAGGAGAAAGUAUUUGUCUCACUGGCAUGGAUGCCCAAAGCUACUGUCCAGGCUGCAAUAGGUUCUCUUGCCCUGGAUACAGCAAGAAGACAUCAAGAUGAGCAACUGGAAAAGUAUGGAAUGGAUGUACUGACAGUAGCUUUCUUGGCUAUCUUGAUUACUGCUCCAAUUGGAGCCCUGGUUAUUGGCUUGGCAGGGCCCAGACUUUUGCAGAAGGCUCAGACAAAUAGCAAGGAGGAUGAGGAAGGUGCUGAGGCUGGAGAAGAAGCAGAGGCCUGUGAACCUUCGUGAGACAGACAUCUACAGGAAUACGGUCCUUCAACCCUUACACUUUUGUUGAGUAAACAUGGCAUGUCUGUAAUCUCGCUGGAGGAAACUAAAACAAGUAUCAGUUACAUCUGCUAUUUUUAAAGCAGCCCUGGUAGAGUUCUGUAAAAUAUUUUUAUGUGUGGAUGGUGCCUUGAGAUGAAAUAGCUGAACAUAGAGUGAACAGGCUGACCAGGCAGUGAGUCACUCGGCAGUCAACAGUUACUCAAAAUGUGUGGGUGGUGAGGCCAGGGAGAGGGUUAGAAUUGUUCAGGCAUGGAGUGGAGUCAUGAGUUGGAAUACAAACAGAAGAAAACAGAGACUAAUGUGAAUAACUUCUUGAUGCUUGAAACUGGGCUGUGAGAUGACAAGUUCAAUAGCUCAAAGAAAGCAACUUCCAAAUAAGGGACUGCUGACACAUACUGAACAAGUCCUGCCAAGAGUUGGUGAUUCCCUCUCCUUCCUCAUUUGUGUUUCUAAAGCUUGCCUUUUCCUACUGCUGUUCUUUCUCACAGCUGAUGCACUCCUCUGUGCCUUCAGGGGACUGUCAGAUCUGGUCAGUGCAAGAAACAGCAAGUGGUACUUCUGUGCUAAAAGAGACAGUUGGGGCCCUCACAGACUGUGGUAAUACAGGUGUUGGCGCUGGGAGAAAAAAGGACAGAGUUUGAAUAUGGGAUUGUGGGGAGGUUAUAAGAAAUGUGAAAGGGUUGUAUGGGACUGGGAAAGCUGCUUCUUCACCUGUGUACCUCAGCCUUCACAGAUGAUGUCAAGGGAGGGAAAGCCAGCUCUUUGGCCACUGAGAGUGGCUGUGUUCUGGUGCUGGCCCCUGUAGGACAGAUGGGAGAGCUCUUCACAGGUAGGGUUUGCUGACAGGGCAAGGCCUCAGCUCCUUCUAGGGAACUCAGCAAUAGCAGUAUACUUCUCCUCACCAAGAUUCAUGGGCCAGCUGGGAUCUCCUGUUGCCUUGUCCUAAUACCCAUCUGGCUGAGAAAAUGCUAUGACUGGGUCCCUCUCACAUCUGCAUUUGGAUAACUGCAGCAAAGAAAACCAGGUAUUUGCUAAAAAUAUAGCCAGUUAGUGCUCAUUUUUCCAAGAGGCGGCUGGCUGGAUUGACUUUGGAGACUGGAGGAGUCUCAGAUUUGCCAGGGCAUUUUUUACUCCUGACUGAUGCAGAAGGCUAAUAUAAUGUAAAUGAACAGUCUUGAAAACGGCAGUGCAGAGCGGGAUGAUACAAAGCAAAACGAGCCUCAUUCUCACCUGCUUUCAGAAAGGCUGCUGGGGGAAGGCAGGUGUCAUGAGUAAGCAGUGUUUAGGACACAGCACUAGCACCGUCUGCAUGUACACACAGAUCCUGUGGGUCUUUCCAGAAACACAGGAUGUGUGUGGCUGUGGAUCAUGAUAAUGACUGGCAAUGCUCAUGUCGAAUUUGAUCUUUUUGAGAAAGCUUCCUGAGAAAUAUUUAAGGUUCAUAGCCUGCAAUUCCAGCACAGUGAUAAAAAUACCAGGAAAUUCUUUGGCAAUUUUUCCUCUAACAGUUGUCAAGUACACUGUUGUUUUUUUUAUUAUACACACUGCUGUUCUCUCUGCUUCCUUGGGAAUGUACCAUCUUUAGUUCAGUUCAUGUUUGGCUCCUGACCUGAAAAGAUGCUUUCAAACUGUGCAUGAAUGGUUAAGGGUGCUGCGCUUGGUGGUUAUUGUGUCAGCCCUUGACUUCUGUGCCUGUUCUGCCCACUUUCCAUGGCUAAGGGAAGUUCCUUAAAUAAGGGUGGUUUUAAUAGGAGGUUGUUGUAUUUGGAAAUUGUGACGUCUAUAAACCUAACUCACAAGGUGAGGGAAUGCAGUGCUCAUAAGUGAGCAUAAGUCUGUAAAAUAAUUCCACUUGAGUAAAACUUAAAGGAGUUCACUUUCUCAUAAAGUUUUAUAAAAAGCUGAAUCCUCCCACAGGGAUCACUAUGCCAAAUUUGGAAUCCGGUCAAUAACAGAAGUGUGAUGUUGUAAGGAUUACAGCCAUUUAAAUUUGAGACACAACCUUAAGUAUGCAACCUCUGACAAAGAGCCUUUGAUCAUGAUAACCUCUAAUACAUCCUCACUGCCAUAACAGCAUCUCAUAAAUCAGAUUUACCAUGUCCCCUUAACCUCAAUGUACUCUCAAGUUAUGCAUUAGAUCACUUCCACCAUUCUGAGUGCCUGAAUAGCUAUACCAAAGAAAAGUGUGAUCUUCUUUGCUAAUCUAAAUGAAAUGGAAUGCAUUUUUCUUUCUUUGCUACCUGAUGUGGAUAUUUCUUACAAGACUCCUGUCCCCCAGCUUUAUUAAAUGUUCAAAAAGAUUCGGGUUGAAGCUAUUACAUAGACCUGCAGAUCUAAAAAUAAAAGCAUUAAAGCUUUAUCAUGCUCUUCUCCUUGCCUUCUGGAAAGGAAGAAAACACCUGCAUCUUGUCAUGAAAAGGAAUCUUAUAUGAGGACUAAGAACCUAAGAUAUUUUGCUUUUUAAUAAGUAUCAUGACAAUUUCAGCAGAUUUUAAAUAGCAGUUAACUUGGAGAGAUAGGAUUUCAAUUUUUAGCUUUUUAUGUGGGUCUAGACCCACAUUCAAGACCACCUCCCUUUUAACAAAACACCAUGGAAAUCAUUAAUGAAUAAUGCAUAAAUUCAAGCCAACAGCACCUUUACGCCAUGCCAGUCUCUUAUUCACAGGAAGUAAAAUUAGAGCCCAAGGUGCAGUAGCUGAUAACCAGAGGAAUCCUGCUCUCAUGCAGACACAAUCAUAGGCAUAGUGUGGGAGAGCGCUGAACGUGCCGUUCCAGAAGGUUCAGAAGAACCUCUGCAGCAGAAGGUCUGACAGCACUCCUGGCAGCCAGCACUGGGCAGAGUUACAGCAGGCAGCAUAUGGGAGAAGACAGAAAUUGGCCAUCUGGAAGCAGGGAAUUGCACAGGCCAAGGGAUGCAGCGAUAAUGUAAUUAUAAUCACUGCUUACUCUCUCUUUUUCAGCCCAACAGCUUUUUAAGGAAUUUAGGCUGAAGCCUGAAAUUAACUGUGAAACAGUCAUGGUGUAAUACAGCCACAAAACAAGGAAUGACAGUUUCUGCAUUUUGCUUUUGUAAUAAACAGAGUGAAAGAGA